CAGAUUCGACGUUUACUCGUGGAUGAUUUUCAAAAGCUGAAUAUAUCUUUGGAGAAUAACGUAUCGAAUGCGGGCAGUUGGCUGAUCCAACGGCUCGGGCAGCUCACGGGGGGUGUGCAAGCCGUGGAGCAGCUCCGGAACACCUCUAAAACUGCCAUCGAGCUGAAGCAACUGAUUCGAGAUGCGCGAGAUGAAAUCGACUCGUUAAAUAUUGAAUUUAAAAAAUUCCGGAUCGAUUUCACGAAACUGCGACGUACUUCUCUCGAUGAACUGCAGUCGACGUGUUCAAAUAACAAUGAUGGUGAUGAUAUUAUCGGGAAUAUUUGUGGGAAAGUAGAGAACUUAUUGAACAGUAUUGAUCAGGCAUUACCGAUCAGUGAUUUGGUGAUCGCUGAGAAAAUCCUUCCCGAACGGAUAUUCUACGAGCUGGAUCGCGUAACGGCUUCAAAUUUAACGCAGUUGAGUGCAAAUUUUUACGCUGAUGACGGUGAUCUGCACGAUAUCGAGAAGGAAUUGCAGGCCGAAAUCGAUCACAAUCGAUACGCCGCCCAGACCAUGCUAAAGCAGAUCGGCGAUGAUCUAUACGGUGUAUCCGAAACGAUUUCCGUUGAGCUGAGAGAUAUCGAUUUCGAUGGUUUCAAGCAAUCGAUGGAACGGACCUUCAAUAGUGAUCACGUGGAUUAUGCCAGAUAUGUGGAAUACAGUUGGUUUGCUGUAUUGGCUCUAUCGGGUGUGUACGCUCUGAUAGCGGUUUACUUUUUAUUUGGUCUAUUUUACGGGAUGUGUGGCAGGAGACCGACCUUGUAUAACGAUGACUGCUGUGUCCGGUCGACUGGCAGUAAAUUAUUCGGGUGUGGCAUUUGGUUAGCAGUAUUCGUGCUGGUGUUUCUUUCCGUAAUUGCAUCCGUAAUGUUGCUGGUUGGUGUGAAUCUAUCGUCGUUCGUAUGUCAACCGUUAGAAGAUCCUCUUUCGAGACCGGAUAUCAUCUCGUUAGGUGAUCGUAUUGUGAAUCUGUGGAAAACCGAACGUAUUGAGCAUGAUCUGCCUCUUCUAUCGUAUGGUACCUCAUCUGCUAAUUCGAGUCAGAGCCUCAUUACUUCUAUUAUUGAUGGAUGCUCCCUGUCGCCGUCUUCAAAUAACUAUAAUAAUAAUAAUAAUAAUAUAAAUACCAACAAACCAGCCCAAAAAACCUUCUACGAGAUAUUCGAACUCGAUAAAAAAUACCGUCUUCUAAACGUGACCGCCCGAGAUUUAAAUGGCUAUCAAAAGCUGAACGAUUUCAUCGAUAAUUUGGCUAAUCAAAUGCGGAUCAACAUCGAAACGCAUAUGAAAAAUAACAAUAAUAAUAACAUAAAUAAUAUUUUAUCGAAAAAUAUUCAAAAAUUAACCGAAAUGAUACGGAAAACGUCGUCGAUAUUCGAGACGACUGCUGGUGAAACGAGAAGCAAAACGGAUCAAGAGAAUAUCAUCAAAUUAAUUGAGAAGGUUGGUGCUUUUUUUGUGAUUCGCUCAGCACUAUGA